GUAGACGAGUUCAUUCUCUCACACAACAUUUGCUUCCCACGAGCGGCCAACUCCCGCAUUUUAUUGAGGAGUCUCUGGCUCCAUUCUAAGACCUUCGCCCUAAAUUCUAGGGUUUCGAAAGCUCUCGAUCGGUCUUCAGCAAUGGCGUGCGUCAUCACUGACUCCGAUCUCACACUGCACGCUCUCCUCCUCAAAGCCUUCUCGUUGAUCCCGACAUCUUAUUACGUCCUAGCCCUCUCCGUUUUCGCCCUAACCGUGCUAUACAACUUUCUCGAGGUUCAUUUUGUUCGAGAUGCCCUUCGAGGGUUUAGGGGAGAUCGAGUGGCGCUCACGUUCAACCCCUCUUCGGAAAUUUACGAGGGUGUGGUCUCCAGGUGUCGGAUUCUUCACGGGAGGUACUUGGCGACGCCGUGGCUUGCGAGCCCUCAUUUUCAGACUGCGUUCUUGAAUUUUUUCGGGAGGCCGCCUUCCUUUUGUUAUAGAAGGCAAUUAUACACUGUGCAUGAUGGGGGAACUAUUGCUUUGGAUUGGUUACUUGCUUCUGAUGUUGCAGGUGGUCCUUAUGAAACUGGCAGGGUACUCUCUAAAGAUGAUUCAACUCCCCUUGUGAUUGUGGUUCCUGGACUUACCAGUGAUUCUGCUUCACCAUACAUGAAGCAUCUAGUUCACAGUUUCGCAAAGCAGGGUUGGAAUGUUGUUGUUGGUAACCAUCGGGGUCUGGGUGGCGUCUCGCUAACAUCUGAUUGCUUUUAUAACGCCGGAUGGACAAAUGAUGUGCGUGAAGUUAUUAACUGUCUUCAUCAAGAGUACCCCAAGGCUCCUCUCUUUGCCAUUGGGACAAGCAUUGGAGCAAAUGUCCUGGUUAAGUACCUUGGAGAAGAAGGGGAGAACACUCCUCUUGCUGGGGCAUCAUCUAUUUGUUCUCCAUGGGAUCUUUUGAUCUGCGACAGGUUUAUUAAUCGCAAGCUUAUCCAGCGGUUGUAUAACAGAACUCUUGCUACUGGGCUUAAAGGUUACGCUCAACUACAUCAGGCUAUUUAUACUCGGCUUGCAAACUGGGAUGGGAUCAGCAGUUCAUACUCUGUUAGGGACUUUGAUAACCAUGCCACUCGUGUUGUUGCAAAUUUCGAGACGGUGGAUACAUACUAUCGCCACUGCAGUUCUGCUAGUUUUAUCAAGGGUGUAUCUGUUCCCCUCCUCUGCAUUAGUGCGUUGGAUGAUCCAGUUUGUACAAGCGAAGCAAUUCCUUGGGAUGAGUGCAGGGCGAACAAGAAUAUUGUUUUGGCAACCUUACCUCAUGGAGGUCAUCUAGCAUUUUUCAAAGGGCUUAAUGCAUGCAGUUUAUGGUGGGUUGGAGCUGUCAGUGAGUUCUUUUCUGUUUUAUACUCUAGCCCAUACAUGCAUGGACAGCAACAGAUGGAGGAUACUGUGGUUGAUUCUCCUCUGGAGUCUUCAAUUGAUAAGUCCCCCUAUGUAAAUAUCAUGGAACAUGGACUUAUUGCUGCAGUGAAGAAUGAUGAGCCCGAUGAUGACAAAGUAAUGACCUCUGCUAAUACUCAGACAACUUAUGAAUUGAAACACGAUAACAAUGGUACAAUUCGAGAGGGGAAUGAAGAUAGAACCGAAAUGGGAACUGCUGCUGCUGCUCAUGAUACCAUAACAGCAUAUGAAGACAGAAUUUCCAAGGUUUUUGAUAGUAUGGCUGUACAAGUAAAGAGAUCGAUGAAUCAGCUAUCGAGGCAGAGUGGGAGGUCGAUGUGGCUAUUGGCUUAUAUCGCCAUUGUCACAACUUGGCCUUUGCUUGGUUCUUUUGUUCGUGCUGUCUUCAGAAAGAAGUUGAAAUUAUAGCUGUACAAGCUGAUUGGUGGUAUAUUAUGCAAGUGUAAUGUGUACUUCUGCAUUAUGUUCAUGCGUUUUUUAAUAUACUGUUACGUAUCUGGAAUAAAUAAAUAAAUAGUUGAUACAAUA